GGGAGACAUGCGUGUCACACUCGCAAAUGUAGCGUUUUUCUCAGUAGUCGAAUGCACAUUCAUCUUAUGCACGCAGGCAAGAAAUUUCCUGUAAUCAAUUAUACAGCCUUAGAAAACGGUCAAAGAUAGAUAUGAUUUAAGAAGAUUAAGUAGGAAGGUGUAGAGAGCCAAAUGGAGGAGCUGUAGAUAGUGUGCUUGAUAAAUGAGUGGCGCACUGAUUAUGAAGAUUUAAUUUCCAAGUAGACAAGCAGUGUGCAAAUUGAAAUGAUAUGACCUGCAACAAUUUUAUUGGUGGGACAAGCAGUGUGCUAAUUGUAUUCUUAGCAUAUUUGGUAAUAACACCAAUCCACAUGCAAGGCAAACAACUGUGAGUGAACCCAAAUUCAGCAAGUGGAAAACACAAAUCUAAAAAUCUUGGUAUGUUCUAUCUUUUGGUUCUGUUAAGAGGGCAGGGCACCAUUUAAGUCUAUGUCACACUUCAGCUUUUCAACCUAAAUUAGCACAUCAUAGAAAGACAAGAGUACCCACUAGCUUUAGCUGCUAAUAUCUUUGUUGGUAUCAAAUCCUGCUCAGAUUUCUGUCACAGAGUGAAUGCAGCAGAUGCGUAAUCAAAUGGCAAGAUAACUUGCUGAAAAAGCCAUAGAGAUUGAUCAUCACUUGCAUGAAUUUGGGUCUGUGGAAUACCACAUUCAGUCUUCGGUGUCAGAUCCACGACAUGCCUACUUGUCAAUAUCAACUCCAUUUCUGUCCCAAAGAGACUUGUUAUCUUAUGGGCUUUCAUAUUACACAAUGGAGAUGGUGAAGGGAAUUGCUACUGAUGUUGUGGAGAUUGUUGAACCUGCAAAAGAGGGUUACCAGCUUACUCUAAGACUCAACUUCGCUAAGAUUCCAUGUGGUAAAGAUUCUGUGAAGGUAAUAACAGAUAUUUCCACUGUUCAAGCAACAAUACUAAGUUCUCAGCUGAAAGAAAUGUUGUGGAAUGUCAACUCUGGAGCUGCAUCUCAGGGGAUUUACCAACCAAUCAAAAUCACGUAUCACCCUAGGGAACCUUUCUAUGUCAUCAAACAGCCACAAAAAAUCAUGGCCGUAUUUCCAAUGCGUUUCAAAGAACAUUCAGAUGUGAUUAUUGCAACAGCCUUCUUUCAGGAACUUAUGGAUGUGGGAAGCUCAGAAAAAUGGGCAAAAGCACCUCCCUGCUGCUGGUCACCAAUUCCUCCUCCAGAACUGAGGGGAGAAACUAUCGAAGAUUUGAGUACGAAUGGAGGAUUUGUCACUUUCGAUAUUUCUCAACAUCACAUUGAAGGUAAAAGAUUAGACAAGACAGUGUGGAAUCUACUAAACUUCUAUGCUUAUGUGAAAUACCAUGUAAAGUGCACCAAAGGUUUCAUACAAAGAAGGAUGAGAAAGCGUCUGGAAAGUUUGGUUGAGAUUCUGCAGAAAGCAAACUUACCAGAAGAAGAACAUACUGGAAGGGCUGGAAGGGUUAAAGUGAAUACAAGAACUAGGUAUGUGAGAAAAUUGGUCAGAUUGCCAAAAUCUAAAGGCCUCAGGCGCAGAUGCAGUGAAUUUACAAGGAAGAUCAAGAGAAUUCGUUUCCGAAUUAAAAUCCGUGGAUUUAGAUGUUUUCGUAAACGAUGGUUGACAUCCCCAACUUCGUCUUCAAUGAGAUAUACCAGAUUGGAAUAAUGUAUUUUCUAUAUUUUUUUAAACCAUGCUUGUUUUGCAGUUAGAACACUGCAAUAGUGCCAUAUAUCAACUUGUUGUACUUCUUUGACUGUAACAAAUAGUAUUGGUGUGUUUGAUUCCUUCAACAUCAGUUC